AUGUUGCCUCGGCUAGCUCAUCGAGGUUCGGGCGAGAUACACGAUAGAGCUGACGGCAUCCGACCAGCCAGCCAAUGCGACAACUGGUUCGAGUUUUUACUGGUCCGUAGUCAAAGUCACGGUUGGCUGACAAACAAGCCAACCACUUGUUUGAGAUUUUUGGUAUUGAGUGCAGCUGGCCCGGUACAAGACGCCCGGCAUAGGGAACAACAAAAGAGGAAAUUCAGCGGCCUUCAGGUAACAUGCUACGAAGUAGCUUCCUGUCCUGAGAAGAACUGUCACCACCCCCUUGCCCGCUCGGACACUAGCGGUGCAUCGGCAGCAAAAGCAUAUUCAGCUGCCACAUGCCGACCAACAAGGGAGAUGGAUGGAAAAGUCGUGAAGAAAACGGGGACUGCC